AUGAAUGACCGCAUGAUGUUGAUUGAAUCUGGCUUUGAGAGCGCCCAAGACAAGGUGGAUGUGGUGUCACAUUCGCCAGCUGCUCCGGCCUUCUGGAUUCUGAUCAGUCUGCUGGCAUUUACCUUGCUUCUUCUCUCUUUCAUUGGCCUCUACACUAUGUUGUCCCUUACUCUGACUUCAAGGCAAAAUAGAGAGGACAAAGAGCUCAAGCGGCCAGCUCUCCGAGCGGUGCUUCAUGCCUUGGCAAUGGAUACACCCUCACCAGAUAGGACACUCGAUGCAGAGGUGGUCCGACGGACUUUGAGAUUUCUUCGGCGCAUUGCACCACCUGUCAGUCUUGGCGAAGGUGUAGCAGCAGCCAUGCAGCGAGAGCAGGAAGAGCGAGCUGCUGCAUUGCGUGGGUAUUCCCGUGUCCACUUUUCCAGAAGAGAUUCUGGAACGCCUUGGGAUGUUGAAGCAUCUUCCACAGGACCAUCUGGAGAGGUUUCGGUUGCUGUUGAGGCUAUGGAUGUGCGCAUACGCCAGCGCAUGUUGGAUGCUGCAGACAUUGGGCGGCCAGACUUUUCAAAAGCGCGUCUACUCGCUGAGCUGAAUCAGGCGCAAAAAAGUCCGCUUCCGGAUAUUGCAGAAAACGCUGGAUCGAUUCUGCUCAAGGCAUUCUCCUCUCCAGAGGAUCAGCAAGCACUGAUGAUAGCCCUGACGGUUGCGGCAAAAACUCUGCCAUGGAAUCGAUGGCGAUUCAAGGAGGAAACCCUCUGCAGCUUAGUGCAGCUAGGUGCUGACUCAAGAGCCAUUGUUGCUUUACUCCUUCAUGAUCUCGAUGAAUGCCUCGGACAACCUUGGACUGUGGUCGCGCAGGUGUUCGAAAAAUGCCCCGAGCUGGGAGAGGAAGUAGUCAAUCUCAUCGGCGAGAAAAAGAGGCUUGAACAGCUUUCUCUACUCCUGUACCUUCGUGCGUUGUCAGAGGACAACGCCACCUGUCAUGGUCAGGAGCGGCUUGCUGCUUCUCAGCUAACUCGGCUCCUCUACUUGCGACGCUCCAAGGACUACCGGGCAGCAUUGGUCGAAAUUGCAGAGGUGGAACAAAUGCUUCGCAACCUUUCAAGUGCAGUGGCCUCGCGAUUCGGACUCCCAAAUGAGGGAAGAGCACUUGCACGUUGCGCAUUGGACCUGCAUGUUCCCCUUGCACACGGCCUUGGCUUUGAUGCUUUGGCAAACAGUGGCAGCAAUGAACGAUUGACACCUUCGCUGGAAAAUCGGGCGCUCCGAUUGUAUUUUCCAGAGGACUACAGCAUGAUCGAGGCAUGGAUGAGCGAAGAGGACGAGCUUUUGAAUCGAACGCUUCAGCGAUGUCUUCGAGAGGUGCGAAGGGCCUUGGAUGCUGACUCUGACGUCAAGGCGCUGGCGACCUGCAAGGUACGAGGUCGAGUGAAGAGUGUCUACAGCGUGGUGAAGAAACUGCUUAGACAACGAGGUGUGUCUCGAGAAGACUUGAAAGCUCAAGCUCUCAAGGAUUUGCUGGCUCUAGAAGUGGUGGUGGACCCUGAUCCAAAGGCUGAGGUUCCACAGAAUCCUGAGUGGCUUGCAGAAGAGUGGCGUGAACGAGCAGCGUGCUUUGCGGUUUUAGACACCCUUCAGCGAUAUGCAAAGUCGACCAAAGGUUGGUCAAUCCUGCCAAAGUCCACAAAGGACUACAUCACGAAGUCCAAAAAGAGUGGUUACCGAGCUCUUCACAUAACUCUGUGCACCAACGUGACGACGCAGAUGCCAAAAGCCUCCAGUCGUGCCAUGCAGCAAAGAACGCUUGAUACGAUGACCUGCAAGUUGGAGGUGCAUGUGUUCUCUGGCUCCAUGAAGCAAAAGGAGCGGAAAGGCCUGGCCUCCCACCAUUUGUACAAGGCGUUGGAACUGACUCCGGAUGAAGUCUUUGGGUGUUUGGGACGAGCGGCAGACUCGAUAGCUCCUUCUGAGUUGCGGCGUAUUGUUUGUCCUCUUGAGAGCCUCGACCUUUUCGGAGAGGCUUUCAGCAUUGACUACACCAAUUUGGAGUUUGAGAAAUUGUGCUCCAGCUGUGGCCGGAAUCAGGACGGAAGACUUACAUUGGCUGAUGUUCAGCAAGCUCAACAUCAAGUGUCAAAGCGUGUGGAGGACUUUCGAAGAGCCCUUGGACAACGCAAUGCCAAAUGGUGGGUGCAUGGUGUUCAGACCGUUGGUCUGUGGCAGCGAGCUGCUUCUUGGGACUGGGCAAAGUACGCAGCAGAGUUAAAUCCGCAGGAAAAGGUCGCAAUGAUUCGCAAGGCCUUGGAUAUGACCAAAAAGGCUCAUGCAGGGCAGGUGCGCAAAUCCGGCGACCCCUACUGGACGCAUCCGCUUUCUGUAGCGGACAUUCUUGCAAGAACGCUGCUGCCGCCUUCAAAGAAGCCGACUUGGGAACCACAACACGUUGGUGCAGAAGCUGACGCAUUGGAGCAGGAGGCCCAGCAGCUGUGGCCACACAUUGCAGAAGGGCCUGAUGACAUCUUUGCAAUGUACACAGCUGCGCUGCUGCAUGACACUGUCGAGGACACCAGCAUGACGGUGGAAGAAAUCGAGGCGGCCUUUGGCCCGGUUGUAGCAUCGUUGGUUGAUGGCGUCACCAAGGCCUCUCAAGCCUCAUGCGGGGGAUCACGCGCAUCAAGAUCAGCCCAGGAUUUGCGCAAGGUCCUUACAAGGGCAGCGCAAGAUGUUCGCGUCCUGGUCAUCAAAUUUGCCGACCGCAUGCACAACAUGCGAACACUGGAGCACAUGCCGUGCUCAAAACAGCGAAGGAUUGCGGAAGAGACUCGAGCUGUGUAUGUACCUCUGGCUGAACGCUUUGGAGUUCAUAUUUGGAAGACGGAGUUCGAGGAGCUUUGCUGCAAGUAUUUGAACGGCUACGCGUACGAGGCCGUUCUGGACCGAAACCGACGAUCGAAGGUUCCCAGAUUUCGCAACCUUCGCUACAUCGAGCAGUACAUCCGCACCAUGCUGGUGGAAAUGCGAGCCGAUGCGGUUUUCGAGAUUUCCUUGAGUGAAGAACCGCCUCACACGCAGUUGCGACGUUGGGCGGAUCAUCCUGAGACUGACACUCCUCAGCCAAUUCCCCGUGUGAGGAUUGUCACAAAGGACAGGGACACUUGCUGGGCAUGCCUUGGACGGAUCCAUUCAAUCCUACCACCCAUGCCUGGGAGAUUGCGGGAUUACAUCUCUUCACCAAAGGAGAAUCUCUACAUGUGCUUGCAUACCACAGUCCUCCUCGAUGGCACAGCUGUACAGGUCUACAUCUUGAGUGCGGAAAUGGAUUGGGUGGCAGAGUUCGGGGUGGGAGCCUACUGGCGGCACAAUGAGGAACUCCAGCAUACAGAUACAGGGCGAUCCUUGCUCAGCGCUCUGCACUCGACCUGGAUCUUGCAGGCCAACCAGUCCUUGACGCAUAGCCUGCAAACUUUAGAGGUGAUGGAUCCCUCACCACUUUCGCGCCGUGCGAAUCGAACACUUGCCUCCAAGAGCUCCAGAAGCAUCUCAUCGCCGCCAUCGGAGCCAUCGAAGCCCAACCAGCUGCCGUUGCUGCCGUUGCUUCCAACCGAGCUGCUGGCUGAGAGUCCAACAGGUCCAACAGGUCCAACACAUUCAGCUCAGCGUGAUCACAGCUCAACAGACGUUGUGACGAUUGGCCACAUGGGCGACUCCGACCUUUCCUCUGGUGUCCGGGGGGAUUCGGAGAAGGAUGAAAUCCUGGAAUUGAUGGAUGUGGCGGACUUGGCGGACGUGGCCGACGUGGACCGGGAUGGGGAUGAAGUGCCCAUGACAGUGGAUGACGCUUGGGCAUUGGAUGAUUUCUCACCAGAUUUGGAGUGGAUUCAGCCUGGCCCGACCCCGACCACUGCCGGGACCCCAACCACUUCAACCACUUCAACCACUCCAAGUUCGGAUUUGGAACAAAGUGAGUUGAUGGUUGGUGGCAAAACAGAGGAUGGACUUUUUGCAGUGCAACCGUUGUUGCAAAUUAUUUCGAAGGUGGCAUUUAGCUUUGCAGAUGGAGGUGAUGCAGAUGAUGAGGGUCGUGGGGAGCUUCUAGCAGAACUGCAUAGAGCAUACAAUGAGGCUUUGCGGGAGAAAGUCGCCGUGUUCACUCCCACAGGACGAGUUUUGUAUCUACCUCGUGAUGCUACUCCUCUUGACUUUGCUGUUUGGAACUUGGACGCGGAAAAGGGACUUCGAGCAGAGGCAGCUUUCAUCGAUGGGGUUGAGGCCCCGUUGAACGCGACACUCAGAGAGGGGCAGACAGUGCUCGUACAUCUCCACGAUGGUGAACAACCUCCUCCACUGGAAUGGGCAGGAGUUCAUUUGAGGUACUUGCGCACUACACGGGCAAGGGCAGCCCUCGUGGAUGCCAGGACGCGGAUGCUCCCUCAAGAGGUGGCUGUCGACGAAGGCCGCGACGCCAUUCGGCGAGAACUCGCGCUUCUCAGCUUGGAUCCUUUGCUUCGAAACGAGCUCGGUGAUGAAGUGCUGGCCGCACUUGGACGUGGAGCCUUGCCAGUCGAGUUGGUUAGCGGCCAACUGCUCGCCGCAAGGCUUCACAUGCCGCUCGGAGACGCCAGCUACGAGUACACUGGAAAUUCCAGAAUGGUCUCUUUGGAGCAAGCAGAGGUUCACAGACAGUCCUUCAUGCUGGUUGCAGAGGAUAGACCGGGCCUGAUGGUUGAGGUGGUGGCUGUUGUAAGGGAGUGCGGCUUGGAAUUCCAACGCUUCAGUGCUGAACCUUGUGGAGAUUGCCUGUGUAUCAUGGUGGCUGCAGUCCAGACGGACUGCGCGCUGAGAUUCGGAUCCUUGAUGCACAAUCUUCGGUAUCGUUCCGAACCAUUGCUGCUCCAAAGGAUACCCACGGAGUUGACGGGGGAAGCACUGGAUCAAUGGACAAAUGAGCCGGUGCCGAUGAUGCUCGACGAUUCACCAGUGUGGAAUUGGAAAAAAGAGGCAACGGAUUUGGUGACGCAAGUUACAGCCUAGACUCUUCAAAGCAACAGCAACGGUUGUGAUCAAAGCGUGAAGGUAGGAACAAACGCCAUUUGUGCCUGCCGCACCUAUGUACAUACUCUCAGCUUCACUUGGAAGAAAUCCCCAAGUGAAGCAGCUAGAUUUAAUCCACACUCUGGUUGACACUUCGUCGUUCGAUGAGUUGGAAAAGUCCUUCGUUUGCUCGC